CUGGUGCGGUGGGAAACUGCGUGAAGGCAGUAGAAAGGCGAGCUGGGCUAGCCAUGGUGGUGUUUUGGCUGUGAAGCUAGUUUUGUUGAUGAAGAUUUAACUUUUGUUGCCUUCGCUGGUGUGUCUUGCUAACAUCGAUGUUAGCAACUAGCCUGCCCGUGUAAAUGCUAUUCACUAGAAUGGACCUGUUGAACUCUCAGUUCCUGGACAAGAUGAACAAUAACAUCGGGAGACUGCACUAUGAAGAUGAGUCCAGGACACCCUCCCUGCCCACUGCCAUGUCCAACAUGGCCGGGCCUCCUUCACACUGCCCAAGCAAACGGAAGUAUGGGGAAGAACAAAUGGACGACCGAAUCAACUGUGAUGAUGACCACAUGACCAAAAUGAGCAGAUUGUUUGCCACUCAGCUGGCCCGUCCCUCUGCUGGAGACAAUCGUAAUGAGCACUGGAGCCUCGGUCACACUCCUGUGGAGCACGUUACGUCCUCCUCCAACGGUCUCCAUGGGAAUCACCUGUAUGCUUCCAUUUCUAGCUAUGCUGUAGAUCAGCCUCUGGCUCUGACCAAAAGCAGCCAUGACAUCGGAGUCGGGGCCAGAGAGAGGUCCGUGGUGGGUGGGACUGUAGAGCGUCAGCAGAAUCGUCCCUCUGUUAUUACCUGUGCCCCCGCAAGCAACCGCAAUUGUAACCUCUCACACUGCCACAUGAAUGGCUGUUCACCCAGCCCACCUGCUGAUCAGACGAAGACCAAUGCUAACACGGUAUGCGAUCCUGUGAUUGAGGAGCACUUCCGUCGCAGCCUUGGAAAAAACUACAAAGAAGCGGAGCCUGUGUCCAACUCAGUGUCCAUCACAGGUUCAGUGGAUGACCACUUUGCCAAGGCGCUGGGAGAUGCCUGGCUCCAAAUCAAAGCCAAGGAUGGGGGUCAUCAAACCCCCGAGGCAGAUCCAUGAAGCAGACGGGGGUAAACAUUACAAUCACUUCCUUAGUGUUUGCGUAUGAGAGUGGAGAUCACCCACUGUCAUUUCUUGCCCAGCAUCAACUUCCCGUAGCCAAGAACAAUGUAGGACAUAUGGUGCUCACAUUGGCUGUUCCCUUGUGGACCUCGAGGUCGACCUUUUAUUAGAACACUCAGAUUUGUACUCUUAAAAUUGACAGUGUCUCUCUCUAUUGAAAAGGAGAAAAUAUAUUAGGUAUUUGCGUAGCUGGGUUGACAAUGUUAGUCGUGGAAACUUUACAAUCAGAUUAUUGUUUUGCAUAGAUAAUGAGAUUCACAAAAUACCUGCCUUGAUAGCCAAAGAAAUUCCCUGCCUUUCCCAUCAACAUAUAAGCCAUAGAUCUGGACUUAAUUGUUUUUCAUUCUAAAACCACACUGCAUUUUAAUCUAUACUACUUGAAAAAAAAAAAGCCAGGUCUCAUUUGCUCUUGUACGUUCCUGAUAGUUUAGGUAGCAGGUUACCUGUUUUAGUUGGAACUAAUGUGUUCAAGAAUGAGUCUCGUGUUUUGAAAUUAAGGCUCUGGUCCUCCCCCACCGCUUUUUGAAGACACUAAUGUGUCGUCUUUAUGAUCCUGAACUGGAUGUGUCCACUGUUAACUGAAUUAUUUUAGUUUCCCGUCUAUACGCUCACUGUGGCUGAUUACUUAGUAAACUAAUAUCAAUCAUUGUAGAUGUUCUAACUAGAAAGCAUGUUUCAAAUAGCUGGUUUCUAUUACAAACCUUAUUCUAUACUAUAUAUUUACUCAGAAUUUAUUUUUUAUCUGUAACAUUUUAGAAAUACUCACUGCUGGUACAGUUGUACUCAAUAUAUUUUUUGUAUCUGGUUUUCAUUACUAUAUGUAGGUGUAUAUCGUAGCAUCCAUCUACAAGUCACAGCCUCUGGCAAGGUUGUCUGAAUGCAGUUUAAAAAGGCUAUGUUGCUUUGUUAUUCUGUGGACCUGGGUGCUACAGCUUUAUACAUGACUGAAUACAUCUAAAUCUGACCUUCAGUAGCAGUCUAUGAGCAGUGGCUUUAUUUAUUCUGAACAUGUUGUGACGUUUUGGCAAAACAUGGUGACAACAGAAUUCUAACUUUGAUUUGUUUCUCUCUAAUGACAACAACAGAAGUCUCCACUACACCAAUGACAAAGCAGUUGGUUUAUGACAAAACUAAGUGCCCUAUUUAAACGAACCACAGCACAUGGUCUAAAGAACGUGCUGCAAGUGCAUCUAGUGUGGGUCCAACUCCACUUUCGCGAGUUAAAGGUCCAGUGUUUAGAAUUUAGGGGCAUCUAUUUGCAUUAAUGGUAUUUAAUAUUUGUGUUUUCAUUAGUUUAUAAUCACCUGAAAUGAAGAAAAGCUGGGUUUUUGUUACCUUAGAACCGAGUCAGACACGUAUUCCUCAGUAGCCCUUAAUAGACAAACCAAACACUGGCUCUGGAUUGGGCCAUUUGCCCAUUCAUGCAUCAGCCACCGUCUCUUACAGGCCUGGCACAUAGGAAGAGUUUCAGUUCUGCAACGUCACCUCUAGAUGCCACUAAAUCCUACACACUAGACCUUUCAAAUAGCGUGUAAUCUGGGCGCAAAGUAAGGCGCAAGGGGCAAAGAGGUUGUAUUUAGUUCAUAAUUAAUCAUACAUGCACAUGAUGAAUGCAACCAAUCAGUGUCCACUCCCAUUCCAUUUAGAAGCAAGGUGCACCUGGCGCUCUGCUAUUCAUGUGGCACAUUCGGCAAAUUGGAGAAGCCGGUGGCUUUCUGCUGAGAGUAGUAAGUGCAGUUAUAUCGCUGCAGCAAAUAUCGUGGGACAAAUAAGCAGCAAAAUUAGAAACAGUAAUCAAAAACUUGACAGAGGAAACGGAGCUAUACUUUUAGCUUCUGAAAUAACAAAGGGGGAGUCGGAGAGCUGCUCUGCUCUCUGCUGUGUUCACAUUUUAGACAAUGUAAUAAAUAUUUUUUCCAUUAAUGAUGUAUUAUUUCACCCACCACAAGCUGAGUGCACCUGCCCAUGUAGGCACAUCUCACUGUCUGAGUAAUGCCCCCUUUAAAUAGCAGGAAAAUAUUCUGCCAUUGAGUUAAGACCAGGUUUUUGUUGGACAAUGGCGCAAUUGCUUUGUGCUGAGUCAAAAUAGCAAUAUGCCAACAAUGCGCCCGACCACACUUCAUUUUAAGACCGACACGUCCAUGGGUGCAAAGAUGGACACAAGUACAUCAUGGGCGCUGGCCGUGAAAAGAAAAACCGCAUCAGUCUGAAACUAGCAUGACUGUGUGCUGCUUUGCGCCAGGUUUAAGAUAGGGCCUGAAGAUUUUAACGCACAUGCAAUUCACAAGUAGGCAUCAAUAUUCCACCGUGACAGCCUGACAUUUAUCAGUCACUUCAGUUGUAUUUAGCAACAUGUAUGUUUGUCUUUAUUACUCAAAGUGGUUUCAUGAGCUGCAAAAAUCUUCCUUUAUUGAGGAGAAAAUGUGUAAGUGAGUUACAAAGGUUUUUUAUGCAGUUGAGUUUUGUUUAAAUUAAUUUCUCACCCUUCUGAAAUUCUCUACUUACGGUAGUGUAACCUAUUUGUCAACACUGAUUAAGAUAUGGUAUUGUAAAUUCAGAUUUUUUUGUAUGUCGAUUAACUGUCUGUGAAAACAUACAUUUGUAUUAAUAUUCUACAGUUUUAAAUUGUUACAUACACUAUCCUGUCUUUAUAUUUUAUUUUACUCAUACAAGACUAUCAUUGCGCCGCGCGGGAUGAUCAUAGAUAUUUUGUUUCUAGUCAGAGUAGUGUACUCAUUUGUAGCAUGGAUGCUCAUUAUCUUUUAACCAUGCAUUUUUUUAACCUUUCUAAAAGCUGGUUUAUUUUCCCACGAUUGUCAGAUGAUGAAUAAGUGCAGGAACACAACAGUCUUUUGAUCAAAGACUUUCUUGGUGCAGUGUCAGAAAGACGUCUGUGCUAACCGUUUAAAGAGUUUGUUAAGCUUUCUGUGUGUACCAUAGUGGAUUUUAGGGAUUAUAAUGGAAUCUGCUUGUUUGACACAAGUUGAUUUUUCAGUAAUAUGUUUGGGGUAUUAGUCCAUUGUUAUUUAAUUGCUCUGUUUAGACUACCUGUAUCUCAAAAGACUGUUUGCAGAAAGGACCUGCUCCAGGUGUCAUCCACAUAGAAAGAAAGUAACAUUUGUUCACUUUGUCCUUAUUUCUCUGGAAGAACAUGCCACUGUUUUGUACUUAAUUUCUUCCAAAUAAACAUACAAAUGCCUACCUUUGCA